AAACGUCAUCUUUGUGAGACAGGAAGUUGUUGCAGCUAACGCGAUGGCUGAUUCUGGAACUGAGAAAGUGAUCAAGCUGGUUCCUGAGAACCUGCUCAAGAGACGCAAGGCAUAUCAGGCAAUCAAAGCAACUCAAGCCAAACUUGCAUUACAGCAGAAAAGAAAAGUACAAAAGGGAAUUCCUUUGAAGUUUAAGCGCUUGGAGGAAUUCUUGAAGAACAGCAAGAGGAGACAUCGAGAUGAGGCACGGCUCGCAAGGCUCAAACAGAGACCUACCCCUGCCUUGCCACCAGCAAAGCACAGCUUGGUGUUUGCUGUCCGCAUCAGAGAGAUCAAAGGUGUGAGCCCUCAAGUAAAGAAGCACAUUCAGAUGCUGAGGCUGAGGAAGAUCUUCAGUGGCACCUUUGUGAAAGUUAGCAAUACGUCUUUAAAAAUGCUCAAGACUGUGGAGCCAUAUGUUGCAUGGGGGUUUCCCAACUUGAAAUCAGUCCGUGAGCUCAUAUUGAAAAGAGGUCAGGCAAAGAUUAAUAAGACAAAAGUUCCUCUUACUGACAACACACUCAUAGAGCAGCAUCUUGGACAAUAUGGGAUCAUCUGUUUAGAGGAUCUUAUCCAUGAGAUCUACUCUGCUGGAAAGAACUUCAGAGUUGUAAACAACUUCCUGUGGCCAUUCCGUUUGUCUGUACCACGACAUGCUGCUAGAGACAAAGUUGGAUUAAUGAAAGAUGUUGGUGACCCUGGACCCAGAGCUGAGGACAUAAACAGAGUCAUCAGGAAACUCAACUGAGCUAAUGGACUCUCAUGGAGGCAACCCUUUUGUUGUGUUGCCUCCAUUAAAAAAAAAAAAAAAAAAAAACUGAAAUCUUUCUAGUGUUGUGCAGGUCUAUUUUAAGGUAUUCACUAUUUCCACAUAGGGUAGUGACCUCAAGAUACUUCAGAUUGCUGUACCCGAAAGGAGAGGUCAGAGCUAAAUUAAGAAAUGCUCUCUUAACUGUGUUCAUUUAAAUUGUGGUGUCCUUUGAAUAAUUCAAAUAACAUGUUUGAAAAUGCAUAAUGCUGUGUAAUUUGCUCAUUUUCUUUGUAAACAUUCUUUAUUUGACCUGAGUUCAUAAAAAGUUUAUAAUGCAUUUUUAUUAAACGAUGCAAAAAUUAA